AUGGCGCACAGCCCCCUGCACGACAUGCUCCUCGCCGGCGGCGAGGAGGCUGGCACCAACGCGGCGAUGGUGCAGGAGCUCGAGCGAUCCGGGGUGCUGACGACCCCUGCCUGCUCCGCCGCCUUCCGCGCGGUGGACCGCCGCCACUUCUGGGUGGAGGGCGGGCGCCUGGCGUACACCGACGCUCCGCUGCGGCACGGCCGGCUCCACCAGUCCGCGCCGCACAUCUACGCGCGGGCGCUGGAGGCCCUGAUGCCGCUCGCUCCCGGUCAGUCGUUCCUGAACGUGGGCUCAGGCACGGGCUACUUUAGCUCCGUCGUGCACGAGCUGACAGGGGACGCGAGCAUCAACGACGGGAUAGAGCUCUGGCCCGAGCCGAUAGCGCACGCCAGGGAGCGCUGCAGGAUGAUCGGCAAGCGCAGCAUCGAGUUCACGCAGGGGAGCGCGUACCAGCUGGAUCCCAACAUGUCGAUGCGGUACGACAGGGCGUUGCCCGACGAGCUGGCGGCCCUGCUCGCGCUGGCGGCGGGCUCGGGCGAGCGACCUGCUCGGCCGGAGGCCCCGCGCGCCGGGACGCGCUGGCGGCGCGGCCUCGCCGGGGCCCUGCGCGGGGGCCGCACGGCGUGCGCCGGCGCCCUGCGGACCACCGGCAGGUGCUUCGUGGCGUUUCCCAGCCGCUGCGGCCUGCGCCGCGGUUGCUGCGCUGCUGUGCAGGGCGUGCGCCAGCUCCGCGACUUGCUGGCGCGAUGCGUGGCUGCGGUCUGUGGGUGA